AUGGAUGUUCCAAAAGUGAACAGCAAAUUGCUUGGUGAACUUGAGGAAAUGGGCUUUCCGUUCGCUCGAGCGACUAGAGCGCUUCAUUAUUCUGGUAAUUGUAGUUUGGAGGAUGCUAUUAGUUGGAUUGUUGAUCAUGAGGAUGACCCCGAAAUUGAUCAGAUGCCCUCGGUUCCAGUAAGAAUUGAAAUUGAGGGAUCCAAAUCUUCUUCUAUGUCUGAAGAAGUAAAGCUAAAAGCACAAAAACUAAGAUAUAAAGUACAGAAAACAAACGAGGAAGAUAAGAAGUUGGAGCAGGGUAGAGAGAAGGAAAGGAUUCGGGCAGGAAAAGAGCUGCAAGAGUCAAAGAAGAUUGCAGAAGAAAACGAAAGACAACGUUUUAUAGCCGUGCGGAAAGCAGAGAAAGAGGAAGAAAAAAGAGCACGGGAAAGAAUUCGUCAGAAACUACAACAGGACAAGGUAGAAAGAAGAGGGAAGGUUGGAUUGGCUCCAGAAAGCCAUGCAUCUUAUAAGACUGCCACACCUAUGGUGCAAGAAAAUAAGGAGGUACUACCCCUUGUGUCUAAUGGGAUUCAUGUUACUUCAACAACAAAGGUAGAUCUCAUGAGAAAUUGUUUAAGGUCUCUCAGGCGAAAUAAUAAGGAUGAUGAUAUCAAAGUGAAGAGGGCUUUUGAGACUCUUCUAAUUUACAUCAGAAAUGUUGCAAGAGAUCCUGAUGAGGACAAAUUCAGGAAGAUCAGAUUGAGUAAUCCAGCUUUUAAGGAAAGAGUUGGGAUUUUCAAACAAGGGAUAAAGUUUCUUGAGCUCUGUGGGUUUGAACAAGUCGAAGGUGGCAGGUAUCUGUUUCUACCAAGAGCUAGGUUUGACAUGGCUGAGUUUAAGUCAGCUGGAAACGAAUUGCAGUCUGCUAUAACAAAUCCAUUCUUUGGACUUCUAUCAACAGAAGAAUGAUCAUGUAUAUUCAAGCA